UCGUCGGUUUUGCCAACCAAACGUGCUUCAUUUUCCAUCAACUGACGCUUCGCACCGUUUUCAACAUUUUCCGAUUCUGGAUUCUGGAUUCAGGAUUCGGGGGGCUUGCCAGUGGGAUUCCGCAGAGAAUGCAACGGGAUUGAUUUACCUAUCAGAGGGCUAAGAAGAGCCUGGCACAGCGACAGUACCACUAGACGGAUCCUGGCUCGCCUUUUUUGUGGAUGCAACGGAAUUCAGUGGAAAGGCACUGGGUUAAAGUGGAAGUGCCAGCACAUCGAUACUGGGAAGCGACCCAAGGAGCAGGACUGUUGAAUAAGUUGGAGGCGAAGCAACAACCACAAAUACAAACAAACGGGGCCCAUUCAACAACCUCUCGACGUCGCCGUAUCGAUUUUCCGUUACAUCGUUAUACACACACACUAACCCAGUUGGCCCACAGCCAUUACGCAUACGCCCCAUAGCCACCCCCAAAGAGAGAGCGUGUGCGGCUGUUCGACUCCAGCUGCCAGCUGCCCCACAAAACCAACACCAAAACGAAAACUGAGAGAGGCAGGCUUGGAUUUGUUGCAUCCCGAAGGCACUGGAGGCAUGUUUCAUUUGGCACUCGCCAGCCGCGGACGGACAAACCAUUUAGGGCUACGGCAAUAGCAAAAGCCAUUGUAGAUAGCAUUCAUCAGCACCAGAGAUCGCAACCCGAGCUACACUCUUUGCAAAUAGCGCGGAACACCCCGCACUCCACUCCACUCCAGUCCACUCCACUCCACGCCACUCGACUCGACUCCACAGCCCCAAAGGGAAUCGCAAUCCACCAGCAGCAAGGUGUUCAGCAUGGCGCGAGUUCAUCUGGAAUUGGGACACACGGCGGCGGUGGUGCUGCUGCUGCAGGUGCUGACGAUGAUGAUGGGCCAGGCACUGGGCCAGGGGCCACCGCAGACCCAGGUGUGCCCGGAGCAGAGCGAGAUCGCACCCUGCAUCUGCACCGUGAAGAAGAACGGGCUGGACAUCCUGUGCGAGACCACCGAUCUGGCGCACAUCACCAAGUCGAUGGGCACGCUGAAGGGCAAGAGCCCGAUCAUCUUCUACCUGAAGCUGCGCCACAACAACCUGCCCAAGCUGCAGGGCUUCGUCUUUCUGGCCCUGGACAUCCGCCACCUGACCAUUCACAACAGCAGCCUGGCGGCCAUCGAGGAGAACGCGCUCAGUUCACUGGGCACUGGACUCACCCAGCUGGAUGUGUCCCUCAACCAAAUGAAGAUAGUGCCCUCGCAGGCACUGCAGCACCUGGUCCACCUGUUGAUCCUCAAUCUGAACCACAACAAAAUCACCGUGAUCCACAACAAUGCCUUCGAGGGCCUGGAUACCCUGGAGAUUCUGACGCUCUACGAGAACAAGAUCACACAGAUCGACCCCGAGGCUUUCCGAGGACUCGAGGACAAACUCAAGCGUCUAAAUCUGGGCGGCAACGAUCUGACCAGUGUCCCACAGAAAGCUCUUUCCAUUCUGCCCACUCUGAAGAAACUGGAGAUCCAGGAGAACAAGAUUCGCACUAUCAGCGAAGGCGAUUUCGAAGGCUUGCAGAGCUUGGACUCGUUGAUAUUGGCCCACAACAUGAUCACCACCGUGCCUGCCAACGUCUUUUCCCACCUCAUCCAGCUGAACUCCUUGGAGCUGGAGGGCAAUAAGAUCAGUUCGAUUGACAAGGAUGCCUUCAAGGGCCUGGAGGAGAACCUGCAAUAUCUGCGCCUGGGCGACAACCAAGUCCAUACGAUUCCCAGCGAGGCACUGCGUCCAUUGCAUCGCCUGCGCCACUUGGACUUGCGCAAUAACAACAUCAAUGUCCUGGCCGAAGAUGCCUUCACUGGAUUCGGAGAUUCCCUUACUUUUAUCAACCUGCAAAAGAAUGACAUCAAGGUUCUCCCUAGCCUGCUGUUCGAGAAUCUCAACUCGCUGGAGACGCUGAACCUGCAGAACAACAAGCUGCAGCGCAUUCCGCAGGACAUAAUGGAGCCGGUCAUCGACACCCUCCGCAUCAUCGAUAUCACCGAUAACCCGCUGAACUGCUCCUGCGAGCUGACCUGGUUCCCCAAGCUGCUCGAGGACCUGAAGAACAAGGACGACGAAAUGUCGCAGAAGAAGAAGCCGCUGUGCCACAUGUCGCUGGACAACCGCGAGUACUUCGUGCAGGCCAUGCCCACCGAGAAGAUGCACUGCGCCGGCCUCAAUGUGAGUCCCUCGCCCACCAGCGGCGGUCUGAUGCGGAUCCUGCAAGUGAACAUCCUGGCCCAGAUUGCCGUGUGUAGCGUGGCCUUUCUGACUAGCGUCUAAAGCCGCAUCUGUCCAGCUAGACGCGAUGUUCUAUGUGGGUCAGUUUCAGCUUCAGUUUCAGUUCCACCCCCCAGACCCAGCCCCAGCCCCAGACUCGGAUCAGUGAUCAGUGAUAGAAAGUAGUGCGGUCGACCCGCUCCCCACCAGUUUCAUUCGGUUCGAUUCGGCUUACAAUAACAUAAAGUCCCCAAAGAAGCGAAAGCAAAAACUAAGCACAGACCCAAAAUCACAGACCUUUCGUACGUCUACAAACCAUUUCUGUGUUGUUGUAUUGUAUGUUUUCUUAUAGAUUAUAGAGAAUCCGUGAAUUAUGCAACUCUGCCAAUAAUUAGACUCAGAAAGCACGCUUUUUGAACCAACCAAUCAACCAGCCAGCCGGCCGGCCAGUCCACCUUGUUGAAUUGACGCACCUGCAGCGGCAACACCAUCCAACAUCAUCCAAUCCACUCCACUCCAGUCCACCCCGACUUGCACAGUAGCUCGACUCGAAGGGGCAUGCUGAUUGAGAUGGGUCAGCAGGAGGCGAGAUAUUUAAUUGUUAACGGACAUAGCUUAGAUGUAAGGCACCUCGAUUUAGGCACCAGUGCACCUGCAGAGGUAAACCAAAGCGAAACUCAGCAUAUCAGAAUAUUGUUACGUUUAAGCGAGGGAUUUCGUUGUUAAACGCGUUAAUCCGCACAAUGUGUGUUGUGCAGGAUAAGGAUACCCAUUUAUUAUGUGUAGUCUAUCGUCGUCUUGUCGUCGGUGUUGUGAGAUACAAUCAUUACUAACGCGUUUCGUAGCCCCUCACCCGUUUCCAGUCCUUCCUUCUGCACCCAACCAACCCCACAGAAUCCAACCUAGUCGAAUUCGAAAGUCGAGUAUAUGUAUGUAUGUACGUACCAGGUGUAAUCCCAUUCUAGUUCUAGUAACUACACCCAUUUGUGGCUCCACUUUGGGUGCCAGAGGCAAGGCGAAACUGAGGGAAAGCACAAGAGAAAAUAAGAAAAUUCAUUUGCAUCAAUCACCAAGAACUGAUUAUGGAAUAAGUAGUUUGUACUCUUUAUUUGCCAAGAGCAAGGGGCAAGUACUCCCAAUCCCAAUUACCCAAUUACCUAAACCCCAACCUAAUGAGAAACCCUCGUUGAAAUCGAGAAUGCAUAUCGUUAUAUUGUUAUCAUAUCGUGACAUAUCAAGAGCUCCCAGUAGUAAAACACUCGGAUGGCUCGACACUGCUAAGAUAGUGACAUUUUAUAGAAUUUACUUACAUUUUUGAGGCAUCUGACAAGUUUGAUAUUUAUGCAAGAAGUGAAUUAAGCAAAUGUAUAUGCAGAGUGGAAUUUUUGAAAUUUUUUAUACAUAUACUUUUAUACACACAUACAUACGUACCUUUUCAAUUAUGUCUAUGCAAACUAAGUUGUAAUUCGAUUAGCAAUUAACACCGACACCCCGAUCCGGCCGCACCCGCACCCGAUCCCGAUCCCGAUCCCAAUCCCGAUCCCCUUACCACCGCCCACCCACCGGCGGCUUGGUCAGUAGCCACCCACUUGUGGGCGGUGGUGCGACGGGAGCGGCUGGGGUUGCGGUACCGGAAAUAUUUUCAAGAGAAUGCGCCGCACCACCGAUUCGGGUCAGUUUCCUUUGGCUAGAGGUAUUCUUUUCAAAAUAUUGCUACCAAUAAACCCCAUCGAAAGCUGGGCUAUCGCAAUGCUCUCCAUGUGAGCAACAGUUCCCCCACGGGAACACUCUGAGAAUCUAACUAAUAAAGAAUCCAUGUUGGUUACAAAUGCAA